AUGGCGGCGGCAAACAAAGACAACUCUGUUGAGAAUAUAACCAAAAGAUGGAUCAUUGGUGAGCCGGAGCGUGAUGUUCCGACACGAGAUAUUGCCAUCAGCAUUGGAGUGUCAACAUGCACAGUCCUAAGGUGGAUACUAAGAUGGUGGGAAGAGAGGGUUUUGGCAAAUAGACGAAGAAGAGGACGACCGCGCGCAACAACACCACUAAACGAAGACGAAAUCAUUGCAGCAUCCACAGCAGACCCUAAGAAAGCAUCGGUAACCAUCACGCGUGAACUGCAUCUCCGUUGCACUCCACAGACAACCAGACGUCGCCUGAGGGAGCACGCGAUCAGCUGUCAUGUUCCGGCGGUCAAAGAAGAGCCAAAGGAAUGGCACCGUGACACUCGUCUGGGCUUUGCUCUACAACAUCUCGUUGACGAUAUUGAUUACUGGAGAAAUGUAAUCUAUAGUGACGAAUCUCACUUUACGUCGGUGGAGGCCAGAGCAAGGCAUGUCUGGCGACGCAUCGGCACAAGAUACGAAGCUUGCAACAUUCAGGAGGAGGAGGAUUGGGGUUAG